GUUUCUCUUUCUUUAACGAAUAAAUCCUCCUAACUAAUGUGUUUUACCGAAACAAAAAACAAAAAAAUACUAGUCAUUUUGACUCAUUUUCUUUCUCAUUAGAACAGAAAUCGAAACAAGGAGGAGCUUAUUCACAGUGAGAGCCAGAGAAUGGCUGAAGCUGGUGUUGCACAUCUACUAAAGAAAUUAGACAGCUUGGUAACCAUGAUAAAAGAAGAAUCAAAACUAUUUGAACGAGUGAAGCAGGAAAUAAAGCAUCUGAUGGACGAGCUACCAUGGAUGCGUAAGUACGUUCGAGAAGCAGAUACAAAGGUUAUGCGGUAUGCUGAUGAUCCAGAGAUACACCAAAUAAUAGAUCUAACCUUCGAGACUGAGGAUAUCGUCGAUGAUUUCACGCUCAAGGUACAACGGCAUCAAAGGCAGAAAAAGGAUUUGGGUGCUCUACGAUUCUUCAAAAUUAAAUUCCUUAAAAGGUUCAUAUGCAGGAUCCGCGAGUUGCACGAAUUUCAAAAUAAAAUCAAAGCCAUCAAUAACAAGUCUGACAAAAUAUCAACCUACAGAGCCAAGUAUCCCAUGGGUCGUGAACAUGCUUCUACUAGUCUUCCUGUAAAGAGAACUCCUAUUGUUGAGGAAUUGGAUGUGGUGGGCAUGGAAAAUAGUAUCGAACAAGUAACAUCUCUACUUGUGCCUAACAAUUCAUCAUCAGCAACGACAACAUCUCGGCGCACGGUUGUCUCGAUCGUCGGAAUGGGUGGUUUAGGCAAAACUACUCUUGCUACAAAAUUAUAUAAGGAUACCUGUAUUAAACGGUAUUUUGAUGUCUUUGCUUGGGUUUAUGUUUCUCAGGAAUCCAAAGUGGCAGACCUCCUGCUUAGCAUUAUAAGACAAGUUACAAAGGUGAACUUGAACGACUCUACGGUUGAAUGGGAGGAGGGAGCGUUAAGGAUGAAGCUUUACAACUACUUGAAGCAACGCCAAAACAAAAGGUACCUUAUAGUGUUGGAUGAUGUAUGGCAUACUGAUACUUGGAAGCAUCUCGAUCCUUCUUUUCCAGAUACAAAUAAUAAUGGUUCCAGAAUACUGCUAACUACUCGCAAUUUAGAAGUAGCCAGGCUUGCCGAUCCAUCGCACAAUAAUAUCCACCAAUUGCGUCUUCUAGACAAAAGGGAGAGUUGGGACCUCUUUCAGAAGAAAACCUUCCCAUUAGGAGGUCAGUGCCCUCCUGAAUUUGUGGAGAUCGGGAAUAAGAUCGUGGAUAAGUGCCGCGGUUUACCAUUGGGAAUUGUGGUACUGGGAGGCCUGUUAUUAACCAAAGACAGGACACUUGCUGCAUGGUCGAAAGUGCAUGAUAGCGUUAAUUGGGAGCUAACUCAUGGUGAUCAAUCUUACUUAUGCGCUGGAAUCUUGGCCUUCAGUUACUACGAUAUGCCUUAUUACUUGAAGCCGUGUUUUAUGACUAUCGGCCUUUUUCCUGAAGAUCAUGAGAUACGCGCUUCAAAGUUGUUUGAUUUAUGGAUCGCUGAGGAUUUUGUGCGAAGGGAAGGGGAAAAAACGUUGGAAGACACUGCCGAGGAUUACUUGGAACAGCUGGUCCACAGAAGCCUAAUCAAGGUUGAAAGCUGGAGGUAUGAUGGAAGAGUGAAAGCAUGUCGUAUCCAUGAUCUACUUCGUGAUCUUGCCAAUGAAAAAUCUGAAAAACUUUCAAAUGCACGUCGACUCAGUAUCCAUGGUGAUGACCAGCAAGCCAGUUCUAUUGAUGGCGAGGCACAAUAUCUUUCUCAAUUUCGUUCCUCUCGUACUCGUACUUUGAUGUGUUUCAAAAAUCGAAAGAUGGGAAAUGAACUGUUCUUGAAAUACAUUUGCGGAAAUUUCAAAUUGCUAAUGGUGUUGGAUAUGAGCAGCAUCACGCAUAACACUACAAUACCAGCGGAAAUCAGAAAACUCCGACAUCUCAAGUACUUCAGCUGUAGCGCACAUGAUAACACCAAGAUUCUUAAAUGCAUCGGUAAGCUUGUCAAUCUACAAACUCUAAUCAUUCAGGGCAAGUGUAUCUACAUGCCUCAAAUCUGGAGAUUGCACCAGUUGCGUCGUUUAGAAGUUCAAUUCAUGGAAUUAUAUCACAAAGCUCCAUCUAAUUAUCAUCUGGGCAUUCAUAAUCUAACGAAUCUCCAUACGUUAUCGAUUUCAUAUGGGUGUUGGAUGAAGGAUGUUAGGUGGGACGAACUGAAGAUGCUCAGAAAGUUAUCCAUAACUAAUUAUGGCUAUCUUCGAUGUACUAAGGAAUCUCUUGAUUCCAUAGCGUUAGUCACCAGCCUUCAAAAUCUUAAGCUGUUAUUCGGAGGAGAAUUGCCACUAGUAACUCAGUUUGCACGGCAUACAAAUCUCACCAAGUUGCAUAUCCGUGGACCACUACCGGUGUUUUUGUUCCCACCUAAUCUGGUCAAGCUAGUGUUAUCCUCCAUAAAUCGACCGGAUAUCGAGCUAAUGGCAGCUCUAGGUAACCUUAAAGACUUGAAAUUUCUAUCGUUUCUUCCUAGCUCAUGCACUGGAAAGACGAUAACCUUCUCAUCAGGAAAGUUUCCGAGGCUCCAAUCCUUGGAAAUUGCAGGUCUCCCUAAUUUACGUGAGUUGAUAAUGGAGGAAGGAGCAUUGACUAGCUUAACUCAUCUUGUAAUUCGCAGUUGUGACUUGAGGAAACUUCCUGAUAGACUGGGACAGAUGCGACUUCAAGAAUUACAACUACAUAACAUGCACCGUCAACUAACCGACGGAUUAAAAGAGAAUGUGGGUGAGAACUGGGACCAGAUCAAACACAUACCCUCAGUGCUGAUCAGAACAUAGUUUAAGAAGAAAUUUCAGACAAAUUGUAGACCAGAUAGGUUUUCUUUCAGCAAAUAAAUGUCUAGGAUUUUGAAAUUAUUUCACAUGUACUUCUUUUUCUAAAAUAAAUAAAUUGCAUUAUAAUGUAAUCUAAGUAGAGUUUUCGCCCAUAAAA